GAGAGAGAGACAGAGGGAGAGGAAUAGAGAGGAGCUUUGUCAAGUUCAGUUGUGCUGCCAUUCAAUUUUUUUUUCUUGUCGAAGUGUGGGCUAGGACUACGCACAAAACAAUUUAAGUCAUAUUUGUAGAGGACUAUUUUUCCUGCUGGAACGGCGGCUGCUGUCGCUGACGGACAGGUGUGUGAAGAAACGCAGGUAGCUUGUUUUGCUCGGCUCAUGCCAGAGCAACAAGUUGAUUGUGUCUUGGCGCUGCACUUGUGAUGGGGAUAGAGCUUUGUGCUGGGAGUCAACAACGACAGAUUGUGAAAUCCUACCUAUCAUGUGAAGGCUUUGGUUGUGGUUUGUGUGUGGGUGUGUGUGUGUGAGGGACAGAGACAGUGUAACGGAGAGUUAAGCUUCACAGCCUCACCCCAGGGGCACUGGCCUGUAAAAAAUGUCCCUGUAACCCUGGAACCAUGAAACCAUGACAGUCAUGACUUAUUCAGGCACUGCUGCAAGGCGUCCGAAAAAAAUCCCGGUUCUUGGACACCUCUCCACCUCUGAGAAUGUUGCAGAACCCCUGUUCAACACUGAAGAACCUCGGACCAUGCUGGACCCCUUGGAAAAUCCUUCUCUAGAAUCUGGCGGGGUCAAAGGCCAGGGAUGGAUUGAACAGAGAGCGAAUGAGGGAGAGGAAGUGAAAAGGAAGAGACAAACAUGGGGGAGCAGAGUGAGCAGUGAGAGCAUGAAUGGAGGAAGGAGAGAGAGGCAGUGGAACUUCAGGAAUAAAUGUACCAAACAAGUUAGAAAAGACCUACAAAGUGGGAGGGAAUGUAUGGGAGGAAGGCACACGACUGGGACAGACCUGUUCGGAGUGCUGUCAGCUGCAGAAACAGAAAGAGAAAUCAAGCGAAAAGAGGAAAAGAGAGAGAAAAUGAAGAAUUGGCCUGUUUUUUCUCAGCCAUUUCACCUGAAAAGCAUCACUGAAGGAGAAGUGAAAAGAGGGAAAAAUAUAAUGAAAGGGACGAGGGGGCAUCAUAUCUUCCUCUGGUUAAUUCUCCUCCUCCUCCUCAGCCUGUGUCCAAAACCUGCUUCGUCUCAGGGGAAUUUUCCACGAAUGGAGAACAUUGCAGCCUUCAAACCUGUGUCCACCUCUCCGGCUCGUUCCACCUGUGGGGUUCCAGAGCGGAGCGCCUACUGUCAGACACCGUCAUCCCAGACUGAGCUGACGACAUGUUAUCAGGCCUUCUGUGUCCAAGAGUGUCCCUAUAGGUCCUCCACACCUCCAUAUGCCCCACUGCUACUGCCUGCACACAGGGGUACCUGUGUAACUGAAGACCGGAAUGACACUCAUCCCAGGACUGGGACCAGUUCAGAGGGGGUUUCUGGUGGAUCCAGUAGUGUUCUUUUUCGGCCAGUUCAGGAUGGAUGUCUGGUCUCUCCUCCCUCACAGAAACUGGGAGCACUGGGUUCUCUCACACUGGCAUUGUGGAUAAAACCAAGCUCCCCUGGAGAGAUGAUGCUGCUGGAGAAGAGCUCAGGAAAGUGGUUGUUCUUUUCCGUGACAGUGUCUGAGAAGGCGGUCACCCUGCGGUACGGUCAGCCCAGCAGUCAGACUCCUCUGACCGUCAGCUUCAGAACAGAGGGGAGGCUUGCACUGGGGAAGUGGACACACCUUGUUUUGCAGGUCCAUGACAGACGUGUGAGUCUAUUCCUGGAUGGGCUCGAGGAGGAUGGAACACCAUUUGACACACAACCUCUGACCGCCAGGCUCUCCGAUAGCAGCGAGGAUGGGGCCAUGUGGGUGGGACUCAGCUCCAGUGGGUCUAAUCAGUUCAUUGGGUGGAUGCAGGACUUUAGAUUUUAUCCUGCCACUCUGACCAACAGGGAAAUAGUGGAGGUGUACUCAGGGGCCCUGCCCGAGCUCCAUGCCCAGUCUGAGUGUCGUUGUCCUCCCAGUCACCCCAGAGUACACCCUUUAGUAGAGAGAUACUGCAUCCCCAGCGGUGUUGAGGACACCACCAAUGACAGAGUCUUAAGACUCAACCUUAAUGCCCAUCCACUCAGUUAUAUCAAUGAUCAGGACCUGGGAACCACAUGGCUUUCUAAGAUCAUGACUGCACAGGAACUGGAUGAAGGAAUCACCAUCACCGUGGAUUUAGCUAAUGGACAAUACCAGGUAUUCUAUGUUAUAGUUCAGUUCAGAGGCAUCUUGCCUGACUCGGUUUUGAUCCAGAGGCGUCAGCUUGACCACACAGAACUUGAGAGUGGCACCACCACAGAACUGCCCUGGUUGGACUGGCAGUAUAUGGCAAGAAACUGCAGCGUUUUUGAAAUGCAGAACAAUGGACCUUUACUGAGACCAGACUCUGUCAACUGUCUGCAGUUGCCCAGUGAUGUUCCUUAUUCAGGAGGUAACAUCACAUUCAGCCUGCUGACCCCAGAACCAAACCCGAGGCCGGGCUAUAAUGACUUCUACAACACUCCUGCCCUGCAGAAGAUGGUACAUGCUACCCAGGUCAGGAUACACCUGAGUGGACAAUACCACACCGGAGCAGCUGGUGUGAACCAGCGACACAGAUACUAUACCAUCAACGAGAUUACCAUCAGUGGCAGAUGCGAGUGUCAUGGCCAUGCUGACCACUGUGAUACCAGUGUGACGCCCUACCGCUGUCUGUGCCUGCCUGAGAGCCACACAGAGGGAAACAAUUGCCAACAUUGUGCGCCCCUCUACAAUGACAAGCCAUUCAGGUCAGGUGACCAGCUCCAACCUAUGAACUGCCGGUCAUGCCAGUGUCACGGGCACGCCCUCUCGUGUCAUUAUGACGUUGCAGCCGAUGACCAACCCGAUGAGCACUACCGCGGAGGUGGAGGUGUCUGUGACAGCUGCAUGCACAACACCACAGGGAAAAACUGUGAGCUGUGUAUCAGUGGGUUUUUCAGGCUGGUGGAAUCUGAUCCCACUUCACUUGAUGUGUGUCAGCCUUGCAACUGUCACACUACUGGAACAGUUAAUGGCAGCAUGAAGUGUGCUCAGGUAGGAGGUCAGUGCCAGUGUAAAGAGGCAGUAACAGGUCGUCGGUGUGCAGACUGUUUGCCUGGUUGGUAUGGUCUUAAGGCCUCAAAUCCAAAUGGCUGCAUCCACUGUAACUGCAGCGACGUUGGCACCAUCAGCACUUCAACAGGGGGAGUUCCCAUUUGCAACCAGGCCACAGGACAGUGCCAGUGUAAACCCAAUGUCACAGGUCUUUUUUGUGACCGCUGUGAGUUUGGUUAUUGGAACCUGUCCCACCCAGAUGGCUGCAUCCCUUGCGACUGUGACCCCCUGGGUUCCCUCAGCCCGUUCUGUGACCCUGAGGGAGGACAGUGUGAGUGUAAACCUGGGGUGGGGGGCCAGCGCUGUGACUCCUGUGGCAGGGGUUCAUAUGGUUUAAGACUGGAGGGAUCCUGUACCCCAUGCAGCUGCUCACAAGAAGGGACAGUACCUGGGACAGACUGUGACCCUCACACAGGACAGUGUGUGUGUAAGGAACAUGUGGAAGGCCGUCUCUGUGAUUCUUGUCGUCACGGUUACCACACCCUGGAGCAGCGAAACUCCCUGGGCUGUCUGCCGUGUGCAUGUGACAUCUAUGGCACUGUACCAGAGGGUGUAUGCGAUAGGUGGACCGGACAAUGCCCGUGCCGAGAAGGGGUGGAGGGCACGCAGUGUAUCAACUGUGCCCACAACUACUACAACAGGAGUUUACUCCUCCAGAUCCCGUCAGAGAGCCUGUCCCAGGGCUGUGUUCCAUGUAUCUGUGACCCCAGAGGGACAGUGACUGGGUCAGUAUGUGACAGCACCACAGGGCAGUGUGUUUGUGUCCCGACACGUUAUGGACAGGACUGCAGUGGCUGCCGACCUGGCUACUACCUGUCUCCAGAUCAGAGUGUGUGUAUGGAGUGUGAUUGCCAUCCCAUGGGUGCAUCUCAGCGUGGUUGUGAGAGCCAGACUGGACAGUGUGUGUGUGCCCAUCCUUCAGUGGGAGGGCGGCGCUGUGAUCAGUGUCGUGAGAUGUUCUUCGGAUUCAACCCAGGCCUGGGCAGAUGCCAGCCUUGUGCAUGUGAUCCGAUGGGCAGUGUCAAUGGUUCAUGUCAUCCAGACUCAGGGGUGUGUGUAUGUAAGCUGUUGGUAACUGGAGAAAAGUGCAAUGUAUGUAAACCUGGAGCGAGUCAUUUUGACCCUGCGAACCACUUUGGCUGCAGUAAAGCGCCCUCCCAGCAGCCUGCACCAAUAGGUUUUGCUCUGAGCUAUUCUUCUAUUCAUCUCUCCUGGCAUCCACCUGACUCUCCAAACUCAAACAGACUCAACUACACGCUCAUUAGGGAUGGAAAGUCCGUGCAUAGCAUCCAAAGUCUCUAUCCUUUCAGCCCUGAAUCAUUUGAAGAUGCUGAUUUGUUUCCCCACACCAACUACUCUUACUGGCUCAUAACGGCUAAUGUGGCCGGCACGACAAUAAGUGCAUCGGCCUCAUACCAGACGUUAAGUGCGCCACCUGAUGCAGAACAACUCCGUUUAAAUCUUUUGGGACAACCCGGUCCGACCACGGCUAGUUUUAACUGGAGCACGCCACGAAAUGAUACUGGUCCAGUGGAAAGGUUUGUGUUAUCCUCCGUGGAGUCCUCCAGUGUGGUGGAGCCUGUUAUUCACUACACAGGCUUAUCAACAGAAGCUGUGGCAAGCGGUCUGAAACCUUUCACCCAAUACAUUGCAAUACUGGAGGCGUGCUCUUCUGGGGGGUGCACUUCUACCCCACCACUGUCUCUGUUGACAGCCUCUACCCCCCCACAAAACCAACCCCCACCCAGAGUCACUGCUACAGGACCUCAUACACUGCAUGCGUCAUGGGAGCCCCCCGCUCAGCCAAAUGGUGUAAUCACAAGGUAUGAGGUCUUUCUGUAUGGACCAAUGGAAUCACAGAACCUUUCAAGCCCUGCUGUUGAGAAGAGAGUGUUCUUCAGUUCUGGUUGGUGGGAUCCAAGUGUUUCCCCAGAAGCACAGCUGACCAAUAGGAGUGCAGUCUCACCCCCUGAGAGCAGUGCCAUUGUAGCAGGUCUGCAGGCAUUUUCCACCUAUCAGAUAAGAGUCGUGAGCAUCAAUAUGGCAGGAAAUGUCACAUCAGGAUGGACCACAGCACGCACCAUGGAGGGAGUACCAGAGUUGAUUGCUCCUCCACAAGUGUCUGCACCAUCAUCAACCAGUCUCAAAGUUGAGUGGAGCACCACUGAGGGCCAAGGGGUCAUCGCCAGGGGACAGAUCACAGAAUACCGAGUCAACUUGCUCACUGAGCAGACCAACAAUCCCCAUGCUCCUCCGGUUAUUAGUCAGGUUUUACAUAGGAUGGGACCAUCAUCACAUCCUGUUUACUUAGUGCAAGGAUUGAAGCCUUACCAUGUGUACAACUUCACUGUUACAGUUUGCACAAACUCAGGAUGCAUUAACAGUCUGCCAAGCACAGGACGGACCCUACCAGCAGCUCCAACAGGACUGUCCCCACCUGAAUUACAUACUGUGAAUGAAACCACCAUUCUAAUAGACUGGGACCCCCCAGCUCAACUCAAUGGACCACACCCACUAUAUCAGGUGGAGAGAACAGACGUCUCUUUCUCUAACUCACAAGAUCCUGUCGUCAGAGGAACCAGAUUCCCAGGAAACAGUUAUCAUCAGUUUCCCAGUGACACUCUACCUACCAACACUGACUUCACAGGUGUUAAGUUGAGUUUCAAGACUCGGUCUCCAGAUGGCCUGGUGUUCUGUGCCUUCUCUCCAGGAACUCAGGAGGAGUUUCUGGCUCUUCAGAUCAAAGAUGGACGCCCUUAUUUUUUGUUUGACCCACAGGGGUCAGCAGUGGCUGUAAGAGUGCAGGAUGAUGGAGGGCGCCGCUACGACGAUGGACAAUGGCACAGCAUCGCAGCAACAAGGCGAGGGGCCGUGGGAACAAUCGUUGUAAACAAUCAAUACGGAGGAAGUGCUUCAGCUUCCAGCGGCAGCACCAUUAUUGGUGAGAACACAGGGGUGUUUUUUGGAGGACUGCCUGAAAACUUUACUUUGUUGAGAGAGGAUCCAGGUGAAGCCCGGCUAGUGCGACAGGGUUUCUCUGGUUGCCUCAGAGACGUGAGUUUGAAGGUGACUGACAGCCCCUCAGAGGAAUGGAAGUCUCUGGACUGGACAGCAGCCACAAAGAAGGUGGAAGCAUACGACAGCUGGGAGGGAUGUCCUGUUCAAACUGUGGAUGGAGCCCAUUUUCUGGGUCACGGUUACUUGGAGAUGAGCAGAGAUGUAUUCAGUGGAGGGCGAGAUUUUGACAUUUCUAUGGGUUUCAGAACAGACCAGCUCAAUGCACUUUUACUCUUUACGUACAGCACACAAACUACAGACUACAUGCUGGUGGAGCUGGAAGCCGGCCUCCUUUCCUUCAUUCUUGCCUCUGGAGGUCAUGUGACUGAGCUCAGCAUGUGGGUGGGGCUUAGCUACUGUGAUGGAGACUGGAAACAGCUUUCACUGGCAAAACGCGGCUCGCUUGUCUCUGCUGCAGUUGAUGACUGGGCAGAGGAGACAAGGGGAGUGGGAGAAGCAGUAAGACUUAGAGUCGAUUCACCAUUAUACUUAGGGGGAGUGCCCACAGAGCUCAUACAUCCUGCUCUUGACAGACGAAGUCACAAACACGGCCUAGGGGGUUGCAUAAGAGGUCUUACCAUACGAAGUGAUGAAACAAACCAUCCUGUCAGUCAAAGUGUUAACCUCUCUGUUGCCUCCCGCCGGUCUGUCAGAGUCUACUUAGACGGCUGUCCCACCAGUGAAAGCCGGUACAACUGCAGAGGAAACGAUUCAGUGUUGGUGUAUAGUGGAAGGAAGACACAAGCCACAGAUAACAGUCUACAGCCUUUCACUGAGUACUUGUACAGGUUUGUGGCCUUGGCUGCAGGAGGUUGGACAGCUGGACCUUGGCAAAGAGGACGCAGUCAAAGCAUAGCACCAAGGUCUGUAUCACCUCCUACCACAGUGCAGAGCCUGAAUGGCUUCAGUGCCAAGGUGAGCUGGUUGCCACCCACUGGUGACAUGAGAGGGCCGAUUGACAGAUAUGAGUUGAAGGCCUACAAUAGAGACCAGCCAGAAGUACCACCUGUCAAAGCUACAUACCUGGCUAAUGGAAAUUUCACAGGUGUGCUGACAGGUCUUACUCCAUCCACUCAAUACAUUAUCACUGUAAGUGCCUGCAGUCCUGUUGGCUGCACUGAGAGUCUUCAUAAUGACAAUGAUGGGGAUAAUGAUUGGAGAUCAAGCCUUACAACCCCGGAGGAAGCUCCGGAUGGUGUCUCUCCUCCAGCUGCGGUCUCAUCCCCCUCUGCUCUUUAUCUUACCUGGGAACCUCCAGCCAGGCCCAAUGGAGGCAUUACGGAGUACCUCCUCUAUCACAACAGCCAAAUGGUCUACAGGGGGAAAGACACACAACACAACAUAACUGGUCUUGGUGUGUAUUCCACCCAUGUCUUUGUACUGAGUGCAUGCACUUCAGUGGGUUGCACCAACAGUUCACAAGUUACUAUGCUGACCUCUCAGCUUCCUCCUGGGCCUUUACAAGCACCAACUCUUACCCUGCUUGACUCGCGGACUAUUCUGGUGGAGUGGGCUCGUCCCUCUCAGGUCAACGGUGCUUUGGAGUCCUAUUCCAUCUUCCUGUCACAUGAUGGUGCAGAGCCUGUGCUGGCCUAUAACAGCUCAGAACUUUUUGAAGACCACACACUCCACAACCUAACCCCUGGAACAGUUUACACCAUCACACUCGCUGCCUGCACAGGAGGUGGGUGUACCUUAAGUCCUCCCAGCCAGGCUCAGACUGAGGAGAGUACCCCAGAGAGCGUCCCUGCCCCAUUGGUCACCCCGCUGUCCCCAUAUGCACUCAACGUUAGCUGGACACCUCCUGACACCCCGAAUGGCAUUAUAACCAGCUAUGGACUCUGGCUGGAUGGAGUUCUUAUUUUAAACUCCAGUUCCUCCCAGAGGUACUUUGUGGUGGAAGGACUCUCUCCAUGGAGCCGACACAUACUCAGGCUGCAGGCGUGCACAGCUCGGGGCUGUGGCAAGGGACCAAUGGUGGAGAUGCGUACAUUAGAGAUGGCCCCAGAUGGCCCUAUACUGCUGGAACUGACCAAUCAAAGCUCUCGAUCACUCCGAGCCCGCUGGACGGCCCCACCUAGACCAAAUGGGAACCUCAGCUACACACUGUACUACAAAAGCAAAGAUGGAGGUAAUGUGUUGGAUGGAAGUACAGCAGCAGGCAGCUGGUUGUCUGUGACUGACCUGCAGCCUCACACCAACUACAGCUUCUGGAUCAGAGGUUGCAACACACAGGGUUGUGUUGAGAGCCUGCCACUCAGUGUUAUCACGCCCCCAGCAGCCCCAGAUGGGUUGUCACCUCCGAGUUUGGCUCAUGCAACUAGUGCCACUCUGAAUGUAUCCUGGUCCACACCUGCCCACUCCAACGCGCCAGGCCCACUCCAUUACAGCUUGCAAAUGAGGACUUCCCCACAGAGGCCUGUGAUAAGGCUUCUGGAAAAUGCAACAGACACCUUUUCUUAUCACGUAGAGGGCCUGUCGCCGUACACACAGUACGCGUUCAGAGUGGUGGUUUCGCACACACACGGACAGACAGUCAGCCCCUGGGCAACCCUGCUCACCGCCGAGGACCGUCCAGGACCAGUGAACACUACAUCUGUGUCAGGGCUCCAUCAUCGAAGUGUAACAAUAAGCUGGGUUCCUCCCUUUCGACCAAAUGGUGUUAUCACCAAUUAUACUCUUUUUCUUUGUCCCAACUCAGUGUCCUGCACCAGCACAGCCCUCCCCUCCAGCUCAGGUCCAAACCAAAGCCUACUGCCCAACACUGAGAAUGCAUAUCUCAACUCAGCAACAUCCAGUCUCACCCCCUCAGGCCCUAGAUCCAACCUCCUCCCUAACACUUUCUCUAGCUUGAAGCCUGCUAUCGCAGAAGACGACCAGAUGGGGUCCAUUCAUGGAAGCAAUACAAGCCAAGGCCGCAGUUCCAUCUCAUUCCACCCAUACACUACAACCAGCUCUAAUGUUGAGCCUAAUUUUAAACAGGACUCCUAUUACAGCCCCAUGUCUGGUUUCUUUAGUGCAGCUUCAGAUUCAAGUUCACCCCCUUUAUCUGUCACUGUUCCUGGGAACACCACGAGCUAUACUUUCCUCGACCUAGUGCCAUACCAGACCUACAGCCUCCAGGUGGAGGCGUGCACUGGUGUGGGUUGUACGCUGUCUGGGAUGUCUCUGAAUUUUCGUACCCUCCCAGCUCCUCCUGAAGGGGUUCCUGCACCUCACCUUUACUCUGACACCCCCACCUCUGUUCUUUUGUCCUGGGGUGCACCAGAGUGGAGCAAUGGACCACUGGAGCGAUGGCUGAUAGAGCGCAGAGUUGCUGGGACCAAACAAGUCUCCACAGUGGGUCAACUCCCAGCGGACCCUUAUCCUCUUUCCUUCUUGGACUCUUCCUCGGCCCUCAGUCCCUGGACUACUUACCAGUAUCGACUUGUGCUCCGUAAUCAGGCUGGCAACACCACAGGACCCUGGGUCAGUAUCACCACCAGACCCUCUCGGCCAGCAGGUCUCAGUCCACCGAGGGUGAAGGUCUUGGGGUCAGAGUCACUUCAGGUCACAUGGUCCCCUCCUCUUAUUCCCAAUGGAGAAAUCCAUGGCUAUGAGAUCCGCCUCCCAGAACCCAGCAUCUUCCAUCACAGUGUAAAUGCUUCUGAGCUCAGCGUUAUGGUGACGGACCUCAUUCCAUACACAAACUACAGUGUCACUGUGUUGGCAUGUGCCAUGGGUGGUGGACAUGUUGGAGGAUGUACAGAAAGCCUGCCGACUGCAGCCACCACAUUAUCCACAAGUCCUGGAGGCCUUCAACCACUGUCUAUAGUGGCAGUCAGUGAGUCUUUCCUGGCCAUUUCCUGGCAACCACCAAGCAGGCCCAAUGGACCUAACAUCAGAUACAAGUUGCUCAGACGUAAAACCCACCAGCCCCUGGCCAUCGCCACGGUCCCCUCGGUAACAGCCGUGUCCCCUCCCCCCUCUGAAGAUCUCCAUCGCUGGCUCCAUGUUUACUCCGGCACCAAAUUGUUCUACCAAGAUAAAGGCCUAAGCAGAUUCACCCGUUACCAGUAUCAGUUGGUGGUGUAUAAUGACGUGGGCUACUCCUCAGGAGAGAUCGUUAUGGCGACGACCAUGGCAGGGGUUCCCCACUGCUCUCCGUCUCUCUCAGCUCAUGCCAUCAAUCACACUGCUGUAUGGGUCAACUGGACACAACCCACUCUGCAAGACCUACAGGGGGAGGUGGAAUCUUACUUUGUGACAGUCGAGUCCGCCCAGUCAAGUCAAAUCUUGGCUUUUCCUCCUGAGGUCAUCUGCACUGUGAUAAGUGACCUUUGGCCCAGUACCACAUAUCUGGUAUCAUUACAGGUGUCCAAUGGAGCACAUAAUACAACUAAGGCAACAAUUAACGUCACUACAGAGGAUGGAGAGCCAGAUGGGAUGUCAGCCCCAGAGGUGGUCCCAGUUAACAGCAGCACAGUACGUGUGCUGUGGCUCCCUCCUCUACGACCCAAUGGAGCCGUUACUGGCUACUACAUAUACGUUAAUGACCAUCUUCACGGCAAUGUUGACAACAGCUCUGGGUCCUACCUGCUGGGGGACCUGCUGCCUUUUACUGUGUACAGUGUUCAGGUGGAAGUGUGUACUGUGUAUGCAUGUGUGCGGAGUAAUGUUACUCAGACAACUACCGUGGAGGACCUGCCUGCUGACCUGGCUGCACCACAUGCACAAGUGAUCACUCCCAGGGUCGUGAGGCUGGACUGGUCCCGUCCAGGAAGACCCAGUGGGAUCAUGCUGGGCUAUGAGAUCUUAAGACGGACCCUGAGGUCAUGUGCCGUUGGGUCAACAGGGGUCACAUCCUCUGUGGAGGAAGAGUCAGCUGUUGCAGGUGGUGUAAGGUUCAGAUGUUCUUACUUGCAGUGUCCUGCCAGUCAUGGAGUGUGUGGCACUUCCUGUUUCCACCCUGACAUUCAGGUUUGCUGCAGUGGGCUGUUGUACACUAAAAAACCACAUCAUCAUUGCUGUGAGGGCAGCUACCUGAGUUGGAGUAAUUCCUCUAGUCCAGCGUGCUGUAAUGGCAAACUGUUACCAGCACUCCAUGAGCAUUGGUGCUGUGGAGGAUACUAUGUUCAUGUUAAAACCAAUGAAAACUGCUGUCCUGACCACUCGCGGGGCCGGGUCUCAGUGGGGCUGGGUGACAGCUGCUGUGGGGGGGUUCCUUACUCCAUGAGAGGUGGCCAGAUCUGCUGUAGUGGAAGCCUCCAUGAUGGCUAUGGGGUCCAAUGCUGUGGAGGCCGGAUUGUAGAUGAUACACUAGUGUGCUGCGGUGACGCUGAGAGGGGGGAAGUGCACACAUAUGCCCCAGGUUUCAUCUGCUGUGGUCAGGAGUAUAUGAACUCUUCAACCUCUCUUUGCUGUGUGGGCAAUGAUGGAUACCCCACAAUGCACCCUGCUGGCAAUGCCACAGUGACUCUGCAGUGCUGUGGGUCAAAGGUCAUACGUCAGGAAGAGGAAUGCUGCAACGGUAUUGGCUAUGACCCCCAACGGCAUGUAUGUGCUGACCGGCCCACACCCGGCCUGUUAAUACAGCACCAGUGUUUGCAGGGUGCUGUGUGUCCCACAGCUGCAGCACCUACAGCGUACUGCGGCACAUGUGACCUCGAUCCAUCUAUGACCGCCUGCACAUGGGUCCUGUCUGCGCACACACAGCAUGAUGCACCCUCCACAACAUACUCACCCUCCAUCGACAACACACAUGAAAUGCUCUCUGCAGGCCUGUUUACACCUACAAACAAAACUUACAAAAUGACAGAUGCAUACAGUCACACACACACUGAGAACCUGCAGUUCGAGGGAAGCCUGUGCCCGUCGCAUGAGGAGGUAGUGUACAGCGGAGAUGCCAACAGAUAUACUUUUACAGACUCUGAUCUGGAGCCCUUCACCACCUAUGAGUACAGAGUGAGGGGCUGGAACAGCUUUGGACAAGGUUCCAGUCACGGUACAACAGUGACCACCAGUGAAGACAAACCAUGGGGUGUGGCACCUCCCCGCUGGAGUCGCUUAGGUGAAAGAGAUGACAUUAUCCAGCUGCAAUGGCAAGCACCUGCCAGGCCUAACGGGUACAUCACCCACUAUGUUAUACUGCGGGAUGGACAAGAGCGUUACCGUGGUGAUGAGAACAGUUUCACUGAUGUGGGUGGGAUCAGACCUUUCCAGGAAUACAGUUACCUUCUGAGGGUCUGUAACCGGGCUGGUUGUACUGACAGUACGCAGGUGGUGGCAGUGACAGUCCAAGGAGUCCCAGAGGGUGUGCAGCCUCCAGUGGUAACAGCUUUAAGCCCCUCCACCCUCCACGUGAGCUGGUCAGAACCCACUCGUCCCAGUGGAAUCAUACAGACGUACCACCUGAACCAGACGGGUGUCGGAACCAUAUUUACCCACAGCAGUGGGCCAAGAAAUUAUACUGUGACUGGUUUGCAGCCGUACGCAGACUACAGUUUUGUGCUGCUGGCCUGUACAGCUGUCGGAUGUGGAGCCAGCUUACCUUCUACAGGACGCACCCUGCAAGCCGCCCCUGCAGGUGUAUGGUCAAGGCCCAGACAUGUGAUGAUAAACACAUCUGCAGUGGAGCUGUACUGGGAUCAGCCGCCCCAGCUUAAUGGACACAUCUCCCAGUACAGACUGAACAGAGACGGUCACACCAUUUUUACCGGAGACCACCGUGACCAGAAUUACACUGACACUGGACUCCUGCCAAACCGCAGGUAUGUGUAUGAGCUGGAGGCCAGUACAGGGGGUGGGACGGGUGUGAGUGACAAAUAUGUGAUCCAAACACCAGUCUCAUGCCCCAGUGGGAUCCAUCCUCCCCACAAUGUGACAGUGUUGGGCCCCCACUCUAUCUCUCUUGCCUGGACCCCUCCUGCUAAACUCAACAGCAGCCAGCCUGUAAACUACAAUAUGUUGUUAAAUCCAGGAAGUAACAAAGCCUUAAUGCAUCCUGCUGGGCAAGACCUGCACCUCACUGUGACCGGCCUUGAGCCAUUCACCAUCUACUUCAUCAGACUGCAGGCCUGUCAAAUGGAGGGGUGUGGAGUAGGAGGUGGUGUGUAUGUUCGGACUUUAGAGGCAGCACCAGAAGGUCUGUCACCCCCCAAGGUAAAGGCAGCUGGAGCCAGCGUCCUGGAGAUAUACUGGUCAGCCCCUCAAAAACCCAACGGGCUCAUCACGUCCUAUCAUAUAUACAGGCGUCCAGUAGGAACAGAGGAGGAGCUGCUCAUUUUCAUCUGGUCCAGUGGGCCGCUGGAAUUUUUUGAUGCAAGCCCUGCCCUGCGACCUUUCAGCUACUUUCAGUACAGGAUACGCGCCCACAACUCCAAAGGCUCAGUUCUGAGCCAGUGGACUGUAGCCCAAACCUUGCAGGCUAAACCACAAGAUAUGGCCCCUCUCACUGCCACACCCACAGGUGCCUACUCGACCCAUCUGAAAUGGAGUGAGCCGGGACAGCCCAACGGUCUCAUUUCCCACUAUAGAGUGGUUUACAAGAAGCACCAAGACGACCCAACACUCAACACAACUGCUGUUACUGCUCUCACUGUGGAGGGUUCAGUCCUAGAAGCGACUGUCUAUGGUCUUGAACCAUACAGUCAGUAUAGUCUGCGAGUGGAAGCUGUGAAUGAUGCAGGCAGUGUGUCCAGUCCAUGGGUAGGCAUUAGGACGCUGGAGGCUUCUCCUGCAGGCCUUGAAAACUUCACAGUGGAGCAGAGAGAGCAGGGUCGGGCGUUACUGCUGAGCUGGGAUCAACCAAGUGCUCCAAACGGAAUCAUCACGAUGUAUAACUUGUACAGUGAAGGGAACCUGGAAUUCAGCGGACUAUCACGCAACUUCCUGUUUCGUCGUUUGGAGCCAUGGACCAUGUAUUCUUUGACUCUUGAAGCUUGUACCUCAGCAGGCUGCACACACACCCCACCUCAGCACGUCACCACAGCAGCAGCUCCACCUUCUUCCCAGCCACCCCCCAGGCCUCUCUUCAUUGGCCCAGACCAUGUGUCACUCACCUGGGGCCCUCCCUCCCAGCCCAAUGGACCGAUUGCAGAGUAUUUCUUACUUGGGAGAAGUCUGGAGGAAGUGGCGAGAGGAAGGAGCAAUGAAGAGGGUAAUGAAAGCGGAAAGGUGCUGUUCAGAGAGUCAUCCCCAAAACAAGGUGAAACCUUUUCGUAUACAGUGACCGGAUUGCGUCCCUGGACACAGUAUGAGUUCAGUGUUCGCACUCACAACCAUGCUGGACAUACCUGGAGUCCCUGGGUAACUGUGACAACCAGACAGGCCCCUCCUCGUGGUCUAGCAUCCCCAACGGUGAGCCACCUCCAAGGCAAGCCCAGUGAGGUGUUGGUGACCUGGACUCCUCCUUUGGAGCCCAACGGGGUGCUUCAGUCCUACAGGAUUCAGAGAAACAAUGUCAGUUUCUCAUUUAGUUUUGACCCUACCGUCCUCAGCUACACAGAUGAAGACCUCCUGCCCUUUUCAACAUAUAGCUACUCAGUCAUAGCCUGCACAUCUGAGGGAUGCAUCACAAGUCCUCAUACAAACAUCACAACUCUAGAGGCUCCACCUGCCACAGUGGAAGCUCCCGCAAUGGACAGCAUCACAUCCAAUAGUAUAAACAUUUCCUGGAGCAAACCGCUGACACAGAAUGGAGAGGUGACUGAAUACGUGCUCAAACUGAACAAUGAAGAAGCUUAUCGUGGGAAAGACCUAAAUGUAGUGCUGUCACAUUUGCGGCCUCACACCUCAUAUCAGCUGGUCCUUGUAGCGUGCACCAGGGGUGGGUGCACUACCAGCACCACAGUGUCUGCUCAAACUGAGGAAGUUCCACCCACUGACCUGCCUGCCCCAACUCUGAAGGUCACUGGCUCAGAGUCAGUGGAGGUUAACUGGAGACCACCAGAACACCCUAAUGGCAUCAUCACAGGAUAUGAGCUUCGCAGAGAUGGUGAAGUCAUCUAUGUCGGCACAGAGACCCAUUACCACGACUUUACACUUGUGCCUAAUGUGGAAUACAGCUACGUUGUCAGGGCCAACAACAGCAAAGGCGCAGUGAGCAGCGCAGCGUCCACAGCAAAGACUGACUCGUCAGCUCCGUCUGGGGUUGGUGUCCCCACACUGACGCCUCUGGGACCGAACCAGGUGAGAGUAGACUGGAGUACUCCAGCUCGUCCUAAUGGAGACAUUGUGAGUUACACUGUGCAUCAAAGAGAUCCAGUCCAGCUCAGCCUCAUCAGCACUGUGUUCACUCCAGAGGAGGGUGACUUCUCUGACAGACACACCACUCUGCAUGGGCUUGCUGCUUACCACAGGUAUGAAGUGAAGGUGGAGGCCUGCACAGCGCUGGGCUGCUCUUCCAGUGACUGGUCAUCUGUACUUACUUUGGAAGCUCCCCCUGCUGGACAAACAGCACCGCUGCUAGACCUCCAACCUGACAUACACACCGGCCUACAGACCACUUUUUUACUCACCUGGUCGCCUCCAGCUCAGCCAAAUGGCAAAGUUCUGCUUUAUGAGGUGUACCGCAGGAUGACUCGUACCACUGACAGCCACAGAAGUGAUACAGAAACACUCAUCCACAGGGAUGUGUCCACUACUUACAAAGAUGAAGCACUUCAGCCGUAUACUCUAUACCAGUACCAGGUGUGGGCAGUGAAUUCUGCUGGUCGCUCUGCCAGUGCGUGGGCCAGUGGGAGAACCGGACCUGCCCCACCUGAGGGUGUAGGCCCGCCUAUUUUCCUGCAUGUUUCAGCGACCUCAGCAGUAGUGGACAUCCAUCCUCCAGCUCAACCCAAUGGGAUCAUUAGCCUUUACAGAGUGUUCUCACUGAACCACAGCAGCCACACUCUGCUGUCAGAAGGUACAUCCCACCAACAGACGCUCCAUGGUUUACAUCCUUAUACCCAAUACUGGGUAGGAAUAGAGGCCUGCACCUGUUAUCAGUGCUGUAACCAAGGUCCAGUGGGUGACCUCCACACCCUGGCCGCCCCCCCAGCACGCCAGCCUCCUCCUCGCCCCGUCACCCUGACCUCCCGCUCUGUUCAGCUGGAAUGGGACGAGCCUCUGGCACCUAAUGGAGUUAUUGAAAGCUGUGAGCUACAUCUCAGAUCACCCUGCCCACAGCCCCUCCAGCCUGUCCCCCUACCUUGCACUGAAGGACCAGUGGAAAUCUGCUUCUUUGGGAAAAGGCGGAGCUACAAUGUGACAGGUCUUCAGCCGUACUCCACCUAUCAGCUGAGGGCUGCCUGCUUCAACAACAUGGGCAGCACUGCCUCCAACUGGACUACUGUUACCACACUCAGUGAAGCCCCCCGGUAUGUGUCUCCAUUCUCAGUGGACAGUAACCUGACAGUUAUCUGGUUGGACUGGGGGGAGUCCUUCGCCCUCAACGGCUACCUGAAGGAGUAUAGUGUGACUGAGAGCCAGCUGAGGAUCUAUACUGGUUUCUACAGCUAUCUCCAUAUUUCACGCACCUCGCAGAAAACUCUGUCAUUUCAGGUGACAUGUACGACCAACAGUGGCAGUGCCAGCACUCCCAUCGUCAGAUAUAGCCCUGCCACAGGCCUAGGUCCUCCUGAGCCUGAAGACAGUGGUAAACAGGGCGUCAGCAUGUCAGCAACACCAGUUUACUCUGAGCUGUGGUUCAUCUUGUUGCUGACUCUGCUGGGUCUGUUUCUGUUGGCCUUACUGCUGGGCCUAGUGCUGCAGAGAGGCCUGAGGAAGAAUCCUUCAGCCAGAGAGCGCCCUCCGCUGGUCAUGCUUCAGAAGACCCGGAAGGCUGCGGGAGAGACAUACAUGAGGUCCUGUCCUGAGUUGUGCUCUAAACAUCACUCCAGCUCAGUGCUCCUCCCUGAUCGUCCCAUAGGUCUGACGGACACAAAGAUAGUCGGCAGCAGCUCACAAUUCAGCCCCAUGUCUGUCCUGCGGGUUCCCAGCCAAGCAGACCUCAGCCAGGCCUACUCCCAGCAUUCCCUGCACCGCAGCGUCAGUCAGCUGAUUGACAGGAAGUCACUGAUGAUGGAGGAAGGAAGUUGGGACAACCCACUGGGACAAGAUUCUGGACUGUAUGUGGAGGAAGAUGAGUUUGUGGAUGCCAUCAAGGCUUUAAGUUCUGUGAAAAAGGAGCACACCAUGUUCACUGACACACAUCUUUAAGACAACAUCCCUGCAUCUAAUCAGGUAUCAUAGUCACGAUUCAGAGCAAGACAGGAGAAUAUUCACAUCUGCUAUUUGCUGUCUAACUUGUCAGUAAAUCAUUCUGAUAAUUUGCAGUGCUUGAUUUAUGAUUUUAGAAGUUUUGAAAAAUACCUGCAGCAUGUGAUGUUUUAAUUAUGUUCAAAAAAGAAAGUCAACCCCAAAAGACUUAAUGUUAAGGGAAUAAUAAUGAUUGUUUAACUGCAGCAUUCAACUUAAACUACACUAUAUAGACAAAAGUAUUGGAACACCUGACCAUCACACCGAAUUCUAAGAUGGAGAUGAUACCCUCUUUGCAGUUACAACAGCUUCCAUCUUCUGAGAAGGCUUUCCACAAGAGUGUUUCUGUGGAAAUUUCUGCCCAUUCAUGCAGUAGAGCAACAGUGAGGUCAGGCGCUAAUGUUGGACCAAACGGCCUGAAUCACAAUCUCUGUUCCAGUUCAUCCCAAAGGUGUUGGAUGGGGUUGAGGUCAGGACUAUGUGCGGGCCAGUCAAGUUCUUCCACAUCAAACUCAUCCAGCCAUGUCUUUAUAGA